AUGACGCAGUCUCUGUUCACACCUUCGGAAUGUUUAGCCCUUCUGGCUGUAUUUAGUGAUGCCUGCAAAGAGGUCGAAUUAUUGUCGAAUAUUGGAAAACAUAAUUUCACUUCUCAAAAUAGAUCAUCUGGGUGUGCACAAACUAAUCAAGACACGUUGCUCACAGAACUGAACAAAAUAUUCUUCCAGACUUUGCUACGCUAUGAAAAAUCCAGACGUGAAGACUACCUGGAGCUGCCGGAUGGCACAUUUCGUAAACUGAACGAACAUGAGAGUAUCAAAGUUAAAUAUCUGCAAAUAGUAUCCCGAGUAGCUUCAACCUUGCGAAACUUGCUGAUCGAACUUGAUGAGAGUGGUACAUUCACUACUUUGGAAAAGUACAACAAUCAAGAACAAUCAGAACUAGACAAGCUGGCAACGUUUGUCGGAUCUGCAGCGGAAAAAGAACAAGAGCUGGCCAGGUUGCAAGAAGACGUACAAGCUUUGCAAAUGGACAUCCAGAAGGAAUCCGUGGAAUUUGCUGCGACUUUGAGAAAUCUUAAGCAUGAAUUCCAGGAAGUGAGAGAAAUGGCUAAGAUGGUCCUGCAGUACAAAUCCAAAGAAUACACAACCGCUUUACAUGAAAAAAUGGCAGCAAAAACCGGCAAUCUAAGGGAACUUACUGACAAGGUGGAGCGUGUAAAAGCCGUAAUUGCUCAAUCAACACGAGUAAGUGAAGAGACAAACUGUUGGCUCUAUUCGGAUAUUACAAAGAAAGUAAUGCUGUCCGAACUAAUCCCGCAGAACGAUCUUCCACUUAAAGUUUCUCAGCGUCUUGAGCAGAUACGAAAACAACUUGAGGACCACAAAGCCUUGCACGUCAAGUUGCAAGAAGAUUACGAAACAUGUGAUAACAUUUUGCGCGUUGAUCAGCGCGAGAAAGACGCUAUUCGACUGAGAGAAGAAUAUACCAAGCGAGUUAUAAUGUCCGUCAUUCAGAUUCAGUCCUGGUGGCGCACAAUGGUUGCAGUACGUGGGAUUCGCCUGCGCAGGAAACGUAAGGGGAAGAAGAGCGCGAAGUACAAAAAAACUACUGAAGAAGAUAAACCGACUGAGACAGCUACAUAG